UCUCUCAGUUUUUUGUACCACCUCUCUACGCUCCUCCUUCCCUGCUCUACUUCCCUUCUUGACCACUCCUCAGCCCUCGUGUGCAUGUGUGUGUGUGCGUAGAGAGAGAGUGAGAGAGAGUUGUAUUAAUUUUUCACAUCCCCCAUUAGUUUUCCUAUUGGUACAUCACAGCUUGAAAGGAGGGGGUAGUAAUUACAGCUUGUCCACUACAGACUUCCUUCACACACACACACACACACACACACACACACACACACACUGCACUUAAAACUCAACAAAUAUCAAGGCCACUCGUACACCAGUCUUGGAGGGGGCCGCAAAUGACCCCUAAGUGUUUUGACACCGCUACAAGUUUUUUUCUUAAUUAACCUCUACAACACUUGCAGCCUUGGAUUUAAGUUUCAGUCUGUGGAGCAUUACUUCUACUCUUCGUCUUCUUUUUCUCACCCAAAUGCAGGUGUUCGAGGUACCUGACAGUUCCCUUAUAGCUUCUCCUUAUAGUUCCUCGCCUGUUUCUGGCACCAUACCAAAUAACAUUUCUAGUAGUUUUAAUCUUUCUCUCCUUUAUUUCAAGCUGACGGAGCCACUGCUAUCUCAUCUUUAAAGCUUAGCCCGCCUCUCAAAUCUUUCCUAAAAACUGUACCUUGGAUGAGUGAGGGUUCAUUCCUUCAUCUCCUCUGUCCUCCAUCUGCUUCAUACCACCCAGUAAGACCCUUGAGAAAAUCUUUUAAGUAUUCAGGCAUUCUCUCCUCAACCACAGUCCUAUUUCAGUAUCAAAUGUCCACACACACAUCAUUUAAUAGUUUGCUUCAGUUAUUAAUCCACGCUUGAGAAAAUGUUUAAACUUUUUACACAGUUUUCUCAGAUCGUUAUAUAGUAGUCUGACAGUUAUUAAUCCACACUUAAGAAGAAAAUUUUGAAGUUUUUUAUACAUUUCUUCCUCAGUCACUUGUAUCUUAUCAUCGGCUUAGACCUGUUAAAGUAAAUAUUGAAAUUUUUUAUACAUUGCUCCCUCAGUUGUAUCUUAUCAGUGGCUUAGACCUCUUUUAGCUCCACAAUUGAUGACAGUCCCUCGCUCAGGCUGCACACUCACUGAGGCAGACGUGGCACCACAGCCUUAGGUCAGGUGUUGUGUCAAGCCUCCCUGUGCUUCUGUCUUUUUUGCCAUAGUGGAAGUUAACAUUCACUCGUAUCGGCAGAGGUGUGAAAUUAGGAUAAGUAAUGUAUAAGGUUGAUUUCUAGUGCCAGAGCAGAGGUGGAUAUGAUAAAUUAAGCAUGUGGAAUGAGAGAAACCUUCCAAGAUGAGGAUAGUAAUGAAUAAGCUUAACUUGUAGUGGCAGUGGAGUUGGAAAUGAUAAAUUAAGCAGGUGGAAUGAGACAAACCUCUGAAGAUGGGGAAUUUAGACUAUGAAUUGUGAAGUAUAAGGUGUUAUGGAUGUUGAGAGAGUGUAGGAGUGCGGCAGUGUGUGGAGCGUGUGUGGAGGGCCGAGGAUGUGACAGUGGUGGCCCCGGUGAUGCUUCCACCUGGCCACACACUCCCUGCCCCUGUGUGUUGAUGCUCGCCCCCAGCCUCCCUCGGUGCAGCCCCCCAUGAAGUAGUGGGAGCGCGGCGUGUGUGGUGGAGGGUGGGCGGCAGGCGGGCGCCCCAUGUGUGGGGUGGCGCAGGACACAACCGGCCAGAGUGACGUAGCGCUCCCCUUGGAGGCGGCCAUGCCCCCCUCAAUCACCCUGGGCUCCGAGCCCCACAAGCCUGCUGGGGGCCUGGGGGAUCGACCCCCUCACCAGGACCACCCGCCGGGCAAGGACAUCCCCACCAUCGACCUGUCCUGCGACGAGAACGACGACCUGCAGAAAGCCAUCGCCCUCAGCCUGCAAGACCAGGAUGGUGCGGCCACCCUGCAGGGCAUGUCGGCGGAGGAGCAGGAGGUAUCCCGCGCCCUGGAGGCGUCCCUCAAGGACUCUCAGCCCCAGGCCACCGUGGACCUGCUCAACCCCCGGGAGCGGUGCCGCCAGCAGGGCCGCCCUGUCGGCCUCAAGAACAUCGGCAAUUCAUGCUGGUUCAACGUGGUGAUCCAGCCGCUCUUCCACAUCCCGGUGUUUAGGGACCUCAUCCUGGAUUUCCCACAGAACCUUGAGGUGGAGGAGCACAUGGAGGAGAGCCACAAGGGGCCGCAGCUGGUGCCCGCGCUGCGCCGCCUCUUUGCCCUCAUGAUUGGCUCCCACAGGAAGUACGUGGACCCAUCCCUGGCUGUACAGGUGUUCCAGGGGCAGGAGAUGCGGCGCAAUGCCCAGCAGGACGUGUGCGAGUUCACCCACAAGCUGCUGGAGCGCCUGGAGGAGGAGUUCCAGCAGCUGCUGCGCCGCCAAGGCGUGGAGAAAGAGAGCUCCGGCAGACACAUCUCCAAGGACGCCGACUUUGACAACCCCAUCAUGAAGCUGUUCUAUGGCCAGGCCAAGAAGGAGGCCUGUGAGGCCACUGCCGAGGGGGAGCAGCAGGCGCCGCAGCAGCAGCAGCAACAGGAUGCAGAGCAGCAGCAGCAGCAGCAGGAAGAGGGCCCCAAGCAGGAGGCCUUUGGGCAGUACCCGCUGCGGGUGACUAACUUCCGGCACAUCCACGACAGCAUCCUGGCGUCCAUGAGCAGCAGCGCGCCAGGCGGCGGCGGCAGCAGCAGCGGUGGCGGCGCCGCUGCACCACCGCGGCAGGAGACGUGGUUCAAGAUGCUGCCGCCGGUGCUGGUGUUCUCACUGUCGCGCUACGAGUACUCCCACGAGAAGAAGCGCGCCGAGAAGGUACACAACAAGUUUGAGUUCCCUGAGUUCCUGUACAUGGACCGCUACAUGGAGGCCAACAAGGACCUGGUGCGGGAGAAGCAGGUACGGGUAGCCAGCCUGCGGGGCAAGCUGGGCGCCCUCAACCGCACCCUGGACCGCUACCUCAAGUACGGCUCUGGGGCGGCCCAGUACCCCAUUGCCGACAUCUUGCGCUACACCCUUGACUUUGCCCAGGCCGGGGGCGAGCCGGGCCAGGAUGCCCCCUCCCCCCCAAUGAUGGAGGUGGACGGGGCGGAGGAUGAUGUGGAGAUGGCAGAGGAUGGCCUGGACUGGAUGCCCCGCCCCUCCCCUGCUCCCAAGGAGGAGGAAGAGGAGGAGGACAGGGCAGGGGAGCAGCAGCAGCUGCCACCCCAGCAGGUGCCGUCCCCCUCAAAGCGCAUGCGUCUGCUGCCCCCCGCGCCACGCUCCAUCUCGGGAACAGAGCUGGCCACGCUGCAGGGCUGCCUGAUGCGCUGGCUCAAGGACGUCACGGCACAGGUGGAGGAGCUGCGGCGCCUCAUUGGGGAGCUGGAGCGCCAGCUGAGCCAGGUGUAUGAGGAGCCAGCUCUGCGCCAGGUGCCCUACCGCCUGCACGCCGCUGUGGUGCAUGAGGGCCAGGCCUCUGGCGGCCACUACUGGGUGUACAUCCACGAUCCCCAGGCCGGUGGCUGGCGGAAGUUCAAUGACAUCCAGGUGGUGGAGGCCAGCUGGCAGGAGGUGCUGCAGGACAGCGUGGGCGGCCACAACAACACCAGCGCCUACUGCCUCCUCUACAUCGACCAGGGCCGCUAUCCCACGCUCUUCCCCUCCGCUCCCAAGAGCCAGGAGGAGUUGCUGGCCGGCCUAGCCCUGGACCUGCAGGAGCACAUCAAGGGCGACAACCAGGCCUUCAGCCGCGAGCUGGAGGAGUGGGACGCCCGGCAGGAGGCUGCUCAUCCCGAGGUGCAUGAGACAGCGGCGUCGGCGGAGGCAGCGUCCCUGCCGGCGCCGGCACCCAGCUCGCCCGAUGUGGUGUGCCUGCGGGAGGGAGAGGAAAGCAGGUUCUUCACGGAGGUGGAGACCAUGCUGACCCACAUGGUGCGGGAAGCCCUCACCAAGGCCCCAGACAAGGCGGCGGCAGCGGGCCACGUGCUGUACCCACUGCUCAACCAGCAGGUGACACAGCUACAGAAUCUGGAUGUGGUGCACAGUGACACCAACAGCCUGUACUGCGAGCCUUCCCUGCUGGACUUUGGCGUGUACCUCAUGCGCAACCUGCAGAACGCCGACUUCCUACUGCAAGUGUACGGAUGCGAGGUGGUGCUGCAGGUGGCCCGCGGUCUGGCACACCACAGCCCCCUGGUGGAGCAGGCGGAGCGCGAGGCCCUGCACCUGCUGCGCCAGCUGACGGACAAGCAGCGGCGGGCAGAGGAGGGCCAGUACCGCGGCUGGUUGCGGCACUACCGCUGCCUGGUGGACUGCACCUGGCACCUGGUGUACGGCUUUAGGCAGCACCAGCGCGGGGCCCUGGAGGGCGCCCUGCCGCACCUGCUGCGGGCGUGCCAGAUCCACCGGGAGCUGCAGGAGCGGCCUCCGGCCGGUGCCAGGAAGACGCUGAAUGGCCGCGUGCUGUGCCAGGCGCGCAACGCCUGCCUGGUGGCGCUCAGCAAACGGGUGCUGGACACCUUCGUGAAGGAGGAGGCGGAGCAGCUGGGAGACAUCCCUGGCGUGGUGAAUGGCCUGCUGGUGCCGGCGCUGGCACAGCUGCUGUCCAGCGACACAGAGGAGGACCGCACCACCAUCGAGCAGGUGCGGGCUCGCUGGUGCCUGCUGCUGGACCAGGAGUGGGAGGUGGUGGCGCCGGCCAAGUCUAAGAUGGUGCAGCAGCUGCUGGAGACCAUCAUGAACGCCGGCUCCGAGGUGCGCAGCAGCGGCCCCUUCCAGACCCCGCGCCCCCCCAACGUGCUGCAGCUGUACAAGGAGUACCUCAAGUGCUGCAGCGAGAUCAUGGCCGAGCCGCCCCCCGCGCCCCCUCCCCCACCGCCUCCAAGGCCCAGACCAGCGACUUGUGAGGCCACCCCGCCCCCGCCCCGCCCCGCCCCGCCCGACUCUCCCCCAGACUGUGAUAGUGUUGAGGACAGUGUGUGAAGCAAGGGCACCCCACCUCUUCCCCCCCUCCCUGCCUCAUCCUGUACUGCCCCUCAGCCCCUGCCCCUGCCCCUGCCCCUGCCCCUGCCUCCUGCCCUGUGCGUGCUGGCUCUGCCUCAGCCCUGCUUCAUACUUCACAGACUACAGAUCUUAACAAGAACACUGUUUGGAAACACCUGGAAACAUGAGCAUGUGUUGGUCUCUCUCUCUCUCUCUCUCUCUCUCUCUCUCUCUCUCUCUCUCUCUCUCUCUCUCUCUCUCUCUCUCUCUCUCUCUCUCUCUCUCUCUCUCU